AUGACCGACACGGGCGAAAAAGUCAACACGCACAUCAUCACCCUCACCCGGUUCCUCACCGAAGAGCAGAUUAAGCAUAAAGAAGCCACCGGAGACUUUACACUCCUCUGCCAUGCCCUGCAAUACUCCUUCAAGUCCAUCGCCUACUACAUCCGCCGCGCGACCCUCGUCAACCUGACGGGCCUCGCCGGCUCCGCCAACGUCACCGGCGACGACCAGAAGAAGCUCGACGUCAUCUCCAACGACCUCUUCAUCGAGGCCAUGCGCUCCUGCGGCAAAGUCGCCAUGCUCGUGUCCGAAGAGGAGGAGAAGGAGAUUCACUUCCCGCAGGCCCUCGGCGCGCGCUACAUUGUCUCGUGCGACCCCAUCGACGGCUCGUCCAACCUCGACGCGGGAGUUUCUGUCGGCACAAUCUUCGCCAUCCACAAGAUCCCCGACGGCGUCGACGUCGCCCGCAAGGAGCACAUCCUCAAGGCCGGCACCGAGCUCGUCGCCGCCGGCUUCACAAUGUACGGCGCCUCCGCCCAGCUCGUCAUGACCAUCAAGGGCAGCACCGUCAACGGCUUCACCCUCGACAACGGCAUCGGCGAGUUCAUCCUCACCCACCCCGACAUGCGCAUCCCCCGCUCCCGCCACAUCUACUCCGUCAACGAGGGCAACUCGCUCUACUGGGAGGACCACACCAUCCGCUACUUCAACUCCCUCAAGCAGGCCCAGGACGACGGCAAGCCCUACAGCGCCCGUUACAUUGGCAGCAUGGUCGCCGAUGCCUACCGCACCCUGCUCUACGGAGGCAUCUUUGCCUACCCGGCCGACAAGAAGAGCCCCAAGGGCAAGCUUCGUAUCCUCUACGAGUGCGCGCCCAUGGCCUUGGUGUUUGAGAAUGCCGGUGGCCAAGCCGUUGAUAGCAACAUGAACAGAAUGCUCGAGGUGGUACCAGAGCACAUUCACGAUCGGUCAGGCAUCUUCUUGGGUAGCUACGACGAGAUUGAAAAGGUCAAAUCUUUUUACAAAUAA